AUGGCUACCCACAAGAAAGCUCCUCCUACAGUCCUGGCCCCGCCGAUCAUAGGCGAGUCGGAGACAGAGAACCAUGAACCAGCCAACAGUCGAAAACGACCAGCUGCUCGAGGCACUGCGUUCUAUCCGCGUAAGCGGGCCAAUGCAGCAUGCCAGGUGUGCCGCGCUCGCAAGACCAAAUGUGAUAAUCAAAAGCCGACCUGCUCAUAUUGCCUAAGUGUUGGGGCGGUCUGCAACCAGACCGCGGAGGACCUGUCUAGCUUUGACCCGGCAAGCCUGAAGAUCCUCGAGCGGCUGGAUGUGCUUGAAAGGUUGAUGCGACAACAAGGCGUUCAGCCAACAACUUCAUUGGAACCAACUUCCUCCUUAGCACAGCAGCAAGGACACGGUUCAGACAGUGUUGCGUCAUCCACCCUUGGCGAAAGCAGACACAAGAACAUCAGAUUGAAUGAUCCGCCAAGUAAGGUACCUUCUCGUGUCCAUUCUGGUCAGGAUACAUUGAUUCCUUCAGUAUCCGGAGAAAAUACACCGCUUCUUGGAGCUCUGCCUGAAUCACCUGAUCGUCUACUAUGCCUUGGUGUUUUCCAGAAGUAUCGAUUCAAUGCUGGCUUCACCAACAAGGACUCAAGUUGGAGUCACUGGGCGGAGAAGCCAACACAAAAAAGACGUAAUUCCGCAACUCGAGACCGUCGUGGGGCACGGUUGUUAGAUGACAAUCUCAGUGAACGCAGGGGUGUGAAUGAGCUUCUGGACAGCUUCUUUACGUUUGUACACUGCAAGAAUCCAAUCCUGAAAGAAGCCCCAACGCGUCGUCUUGUACUAUCAAAGGCUGCGCAUGGUGUUGAUGAGUCGGGUCAGUCAUGCCUGGCGUUUCUUGUGUGUGCUCUAGGACAUCUUGCAACACCGUUUGGAGAGAAUCCCGACAUUCAGAAGGAUGGCACCGGUCCGGAUUCGGCAGUCUAUUCCGAGGCAGAGGUCCUGUUUCAUGAGGCACAAAGUCGAAUGGGGCCCCUGUUGGUGAAUAAUGAAGCUGAUCAUUUGAUUGUUCCGCAAUGUCUGAUCCUUUCUGGUCUCUAUAAGAUGUGCACUUUUCGUCCAUUCCUGGCCUGGCAGUUUUUCGUACAGGCCCUGGCAGCUUCCCAACAAUUUGCAUUCCUACGAAAGAUGUAUAACGAUGAAUACAUCUCAUCUAUCCAUGAAUCUGAAAGAGAGGAGCGAAUUGCCGAGCCUAACUCGCAAGAGCAGGCUGUAUACUGGACUGCAUGGAAAUCAGAGCGUGAGCUGCGCCGAUGCUUAUGUCUGCCAGAUUUUCCAGCCACUGGAGAUACCUCUCGUCUAUAUCCACCACUUUUCCCUACUCCGCCUGAAAUCGCCUCAAACGACUCGGUCGAUCAACGAAGAGAGCGAGCAUCAUGGUUAUUUUACCUAGCUGAAAUUUCUCUGCGUCGGCUCCAGAGCAAUGUCUGUGACGAGAUUCUCUCUCUGUACCGUACCGAGAAGAGCGAGGCCAGUUUUCUGGCUCAUUUGGCUACCCUGGUUCCUGAAUACGAGCAGCAAGGCCGUCGGUGGGCUGCAAGCUUACCGCCAGAGCUAUCACUGCAAGAACCUGCCGAAAGUGACGACAUAUGCCGUUUUGUUCUUCGUGGGCACUAUAUUGAUUACUGCGAAGCUAUCUAUUGGCCGUUUCUAGCAAGCCGGCUGAACAACUUCUCUUCUGUUCCAUCGGUGUUCUCCCCUCAGUCAUCCGCGUCCCAACCUAUUUUGUCGCCUCAACAUGAAUCAAUAAUUCAUGAGAAUACCUCUGCCGCCCUUGAAAUCCGAUCUCCUAAGGUCAGCCAAUAUUCGCCCUCUUCAUCCACCAAUAGACUGGCCGCCUCUACGGCUGUUGUGGAGCUAGCGGCCAAAUGUCUUGAGAUACAACUACGGCGGUUGCACAUCAACUAUCCCGGCUUUACACAUCGACAUCAUGGUACAUUCUUGUUGAUCUGGUCUUGUACACGAAGUGCGCUUGUACUAUUGGCUGCUUCUUUAACAGGACUAGUAAUGCCUUCAGGGUGGCUGGAAGGUAUAACAUGGACCGCAGAAUUGCUAUCUCUGUGGAAAGAUGAGAUGCCUCAGCUCUCAAAGUGGAGAGAUCUGCUCACCUGGACUGUUUCUGAUAUUCCAGAGGGAACCGGAGGCUCAUGA